AUGUCGAGUAAGAAAGAAGAGAAAUCUCAGGAUGCGGCGGACAGGAUAAAGGCCGCAGCCUUGACCGCGGCGAAAGGGUUAAGUAGAGCCCAAGCUGAACGGGCAGCAACUGCCGCUGCUCGUAAUGUAAAUGCUUAUGGGCAAAAAGAAGAAGGGCCGAGUCGAUGGCAAGAGAAACGGGAAGCAAAAAGGCAGAUGUAUUUGAUGAGUACCGAAAAAGCCGUGAGAUUGGGUGAGCGAAAAGAUCUUAAUUCUAUGUCAAAAGCUUUUGGUGGCAACGCGCAGUGUCAGAAGUGUUUUCAAAGUGGUCAUUGGACUUAUGAGUGUAAGAAUGAGAGGGUUUAUAUGUCCAGACCAUCAAGGACUCAACAGCUUAAGAAUCCAAAGUUGAGGAUGAAGGUUUCGAUUUCUUAUGAUUUGGAGAAUCCGGAGGGGGAGGGUGAGGAGGGGCAAAAGAGGGAGAAGAAGAGUAAGAGGAAGCAUAGGUCAGAUUCGGAUUCUACGGCUGACAGUGAGGCUUCAGUUUUUGAGACAGAUAGUGGAUCGUCGUCUGUGACAGGGUCGGAAUCUUCAGAAGAGGAAAGUAGUUCGGGAUACAGUUCAUCUUCUUCGGAGGAAGAGAGGAGGCGGAGAAGGAAGAAGAGGAAGCAGAAGAAGAAGGAUAGGCGUAGGAGGUAUAGCUCGUCCUCUGAUGAGUCUUCUGAUUCAGACUCAGGUUCGUCUUCUGAUUCUGAUGAAAAGAACAGCAGGAGGAAGAGGAGGCAGCAUAGCAGGAGGAGAUGA